UGUGUGCCGUCUGAAGUGGAGAAGACGGUCAACUUUCUGCCAAGACUUAGUAGUGAGUCCCAGCUCCUACAGGUGAAGCUGAAGAGACACCUCAACUUUAAAGGAUACCAGCACUUCCAGACUGUGGAUUUGCCUAACGUGCUUGCAGCUUUAUUGAAGCUGAAAGGAAUGCAUUCAGAGUACAAGGACAUCACCAUAAGAGAAACGGCGACAUUUGAAAGUCACCUCGAUGAGGAAGUGGGUGACAUAGAAGAGGAACAACAACGCAGUGUUGCUGAUGAGGAUGAGCAGCACGUAAGCGUUGAGGAAAAGGAUGAACUUCGACCAGGCCUCACGUUAGACACGUGCAUGCAGCCACCUGACAUCGCCCAGGAGAUCUUGGCAUACGGCGAGGGCAUAUUCAGCAUCGCGCCUGCGCAGGGGAAGAAGCCAUUUGGAUUUUUCAAAAUCCCAAAACUGGAAGCCAUGGCCUUCCCUGUUCAGUUCCCCACUGGACAGAAUACAAUUGAUGAGGCAAGGCAAAUAGCAUUAUCUCCGAGUAUGUAUUUCAACACGAGAUUGUUCUGUGUGGACACGCACUUCGCAAGGGACCAGAGCUACCUUUUCUUCGCGCAGUUUGUGACGGAAACGCAUCUCGCCAGUAACAGCAUGUCUAUCCAGCUGCGGAAAGGGAAAGCUGUUACGAGAGACGGACGCAGAAUCUCCAACAGGCUGCUGCAGGACAAUCGGGAGGUUGAAAGGCUGGUACACAACAGAGAUGCCACAAGGUUCAUGCAACCCUUGAGAGGCUCUCCAUCAUACUGGGAGAAAACGCUGAGGGAUCUACAGGCCAUGAUCCGACAGUUAGGAACCCCUACUUUCUUUUGCACGUUCAGUGCAGCCGAAAUGCGCUGGCCUGAAGUGAUAAUGGCAAUCAAGGCCCAGCAAGGCGAAGACGUCGACUUCUCAGAGCUCAACUGGACAACCAAAUGUGACAUCCUCCUGUCACAGUCAUGCGCAUGUUUGAGAAAAGAGUGGAUGCGUCAAUGACUCAUCUGCUUCUGUCACCUGCCCAGCCCAUCGGUAAAGUUGAGGACUUCUUUUACCGGGUCGAGUUUCAAGUCAGAGGAAGCCCGCAUAUUAAUUUACUCGCUUGGGUAAAGGAUGCCCCCGAGUUCGAAAAUCAUUCCGAUAAGGAUGUGUGCGACUUCAUCGACCGAUACGUGACAUGCAAGCUGCCUGAUGCUACAGCUGAUCCUGAGCUCCAUAAGAUCGUCGCAGAGGUUCAGCUUCACAGCAAGAAGCACUCCAAGUCCUGUAAGAAAGGAAAAGUGUUGUGUAGAUUUGGUUUCCCCAAACUACCAAUGUCCUACACCACGAUCACUCGUCCACGGCCCCAGCGUCCCGAAGAGGACGAAGACGACGUCCGCGACCCUGCAGCCAGAAUCAAGGCAAGAGCAGAUGCUGCCCGAAGAGCAAUGCAUGAUGCCCGGAUGAAACUGAAGCCGGUGUGGGAUUUGUUGAACGAUCCCCAAGCCUCUUUUGAUGACUUGUCAGACCUGCUGACACAGUGCAAUUUAUCCAUGGACGAUUACCGAAACCACGCCAAGGCAUUGUCUACCUUCAGUGUGGUUUUGCUGAAGCGUGAUCCAAAGGAGGCUUGGGUCAACGGAUACAAUCCGGAUUUGCUGAGGGCAUGGAAUGCCAACAUGGACAUUCAGUAUGUCCUCGACUCGUACAGCUGCAUCAUGUAUAUGCUGUCGUACAUUUCGAAGCCGGAGCACGUGAUGAACGAUUUCCUGAAGAACGUGAUCAAGGGAGUGCGUGAAGCCGACGUCAACGAGGAGGAUGAGAUGAAGCAAAUAAUGCAGGCCUACUCCAAACACAGGCAAGUGAGCGGCCAGGAGUCUGUGGCACGGACAUGCAGCUUACCGAUGAAGAAGUGUUCGCGGAGCGUCGUGUUUAUACCGACGGACGACGAAGCCCUGAAGAUGAGUCUGCCCCUCAGCGUCCUGCAAACGAAAGACCCCGAUUCAGAAGACGUCUGGAUGUCGGGUAUAAUGGAAAAAUACAGAACAAGGCCUCGAACGCAGGAGUUUGAGAAGAUGUGUCUGGCAGACUUUGCAUCAAAUUACCGUAUCGUGUACGGUCGGCAAACCGAAGGGAGGAACUUUCACCGACUGCUGAACGGUAUGGGCUUCGUUCAAAAGAGAACCGUCGGUAAGGCUGCAAUCAUCAGGUAUGCUAGGUUUUCAGAGGAGAAGUAACCGGAAAAGUUUUCGAUUGCUAAAACUGUAUGUGCCACAUCGCCACAAUGCGCAGCUAAAACCCAAAGGGUAUCCGACGUAUCAGGAGUUUUACAAAGGCGCAUUUGUGGAACUACCCCAGCAUCCCGGUCUCCUUUUCCCUGUGCGUGCAAUAGUGCAAGCACACCAGAAGACGUUUGAAAGACACAGCAGGCAAUUGGACGAAGCUUUCGAAAAGCUGCAGCAGGAAGGACCGCCGGAGAAUGCUUGGACAGCUUUUGCACCUGAAGUCGAAGUGGAUUGCUUGGAGUGCAUCGCGGAAGGAGAAGACGCAAGUCCCGACGAAGACAACAAAGACGACAAUGUCCCAGAAUACCGGAUUCACCAUGAAGAUGGAGACGGAGUCAUUCCCAAGACGGAGGCACCGCAGAUGAGUGCCGAGUUUGUUAGGAACUUGUACAGAAGUCUGAACGAGACACAGGCAGCCAUAUUUUACACUGUCCGACAGUGGUGCCAAAAGCGUGUCUGGGGUCAAGAUCCGGAACAGUUUUUUUACUUUGUAUCGGGCGGCGCUGGCUGUGGAAAAUCGCAUGUCAUCAAGUGCAUAUACAUGGAAGCCACCAAGAUUCUGCGACAACUGCCUCGACUUCGGGAGGAAGGGGACCUCUCUGUGCCUACAGUGAUAUUGAGUGCAUUUACUGGAACAGCAGCAUUCAAUAUUGCUGGACAAGCACUCCACUCCAUUUUGAAACUGCCUAGGAACCUAAAGCCACCCUACCAAGGACUUGGGAAUGCCCUGGAUGAAGUACGAGCAGGACUACGCAACGUGGAGAUCAUCUGAUCAUCGACGAAGUGUCCAUGAUUUCAAAGGAUCUUUUUGCCUACGUCAACUGGAGGUUGCAACAGAUCAGAGGCAACAAGAAACCUUUUGGAGGAAUUUCUUGCCUUGCAGUAGGUGACUUUUACCAGCUGCCACCGCCUGGUAAAGCCAAACCGCUGUGCAUCUAUGAAGAGAAUGUCCUUGACUUCUGGAAGGACAAUUUUGAAAUCAUCACCCUCACGGAGAUCAUGCGCCAGAAAGAAGACCUUGCUUUCGCUGAGCUUUUGAACCGGCUCCGAGUGAGGCAGAAGACUGAAGAUCUCAGGGAAGUGUACAGUGUACAGGCCACCACACUACAGCCUGGAGAGGUUUUUGGCAAAUUUAAGGAGCCUGCUCAUAUACAUGGACAUGAUGAAGAAGAAGAAUCCUGUUAUCGUCUGCGGAGACUUUAAAGAAGACCUCCUUUCAUCGGGAAGAAAGGCCAUACUGGAGUUGUUCCAGUCCAACGGGUACACGCAGCUGAUCACGACGGCGACGACCGAGAAGCACACGUUACUGGACCACGUUUACGUCUCCCAUCCUGAGGUCUGCCUCCAAUCAGGUGUCUUACAGGCAUAUUAUAGUUAUCACAAUCCCGUGUACUGCAUCUUGCAGACAUGAGUUUUUGUGGUUGGCAGGUAUUGUUGUGUGGUGCACUGUUAUAGCCUACUAUACGGAACCGGGGGCACUGAGCACGCAUUAAUGGUGCCAGUGGGGCUAGGACAGCCUUAGUCACCGGGUUGGCGCGUAUGGUCGUGUUGCGGUGGCAUUCCAUACGGAACCGGGGGCACUGAGCAUUCAUUAACGGUGCCAGUGGGGCUAGGACAGCCUUAGUCACCGGGUUGGCACGUAUGGCCGUGUUGCGGUGGUAUACAUGGUUGUGUUGAGGUUUUGUGCCACUGAGCUACCAGGGAAGUAGAGCAGCAGCUACAGCAGCAAGAAGAACGAAGAUGAGAGUAGAUUGGCAGCUUUAGGGAGGACACCAGACAGUAAAGGCAGCGGCACCAGUGACAGGCAGAACAGAGUGAGGAGUAGUGUAGCAGCUCCAGGGAGGCAGUGAGAAGAGUUUGGAGACAAGAGCAGUCCUGUCUGGAUGCAACUCUGCAAAAUAUCAUCCAAAGCUAAGUGUUUAAACAUUUCGCUUCAAUCACUGUACCACUGUACAUCAUAACCACAUUUGUAGAAAAAUGUUAAUCCUAACCUAAUUUUGGUUUUGAUGUUUUUCAGCCGUUGUGCAGUUGAAGACAGAAUGCCUGAGAAGACCGAGUGUGCUACAACACUGAUGAUGACAAUCUGAAUACCAGCAUCUGUGUUUAUUAGUAUUUGCGUAUGCAGGAUGGGACCGAAUGUGUAUGGCACUGAAGACCAAAGCAAGGACAAUGCUGAGGACAGAAGCAGAGAAAAAAGCAUACUAAAGCACUAAGGAUAUCCAGCCUGUACGAUGAGUCAGAUCCAGUGGCUAGAUGGCAGGAGAUGGUUCCUUCAUCUAAUAAUUGGAUGACCGAUUAAUCUUAAUAUGUUUGUAAAUUGUUUGACCACAUUGGAUAAUUGAUUUAAUUUCUAUCUAUAUUAAUAUUUCACAUAUUAAAUAAGUAAAAUGAAUGUGUUUUUGUAAUGUGUGCACCAUGCCAGAGGAGGAUGGGUCCCCCCUGCUGAGUCUGGUUCCUCUCAAGGUUUUUUUAUCUCCUAACUUUAUGGAGUUUUUUUUCCUUGCCACUGUCGCCACUGGCUUGCUCACUGGGGGUGUUGUGCCAAUUCCUGUCUGAAAAUCGUUAACUAAAUUAAAUUAAAUUAAUUGGGCUACACAAUUAAUUCAGAAUCAAAAUUAAACCCUGUUAUGGCUUAGUGUGAUUAACAAAAACGGCAACAGCUGCAAUUCAUUAACACAC